CAACCAGCGUUAUAGCCUAACCUAAAUGCAAAGAAAUCAGCUUGGAUAUCCACAUGUGCGAUGAAGAACAAAAGUGGUUGCAACAAGGGGGGGUCAAAAACAACAAGAUAAGGACUUGAGCAAGAAUAUUUUGUAAAAAUAAAUAUUGCAAGUUAUUCAGGUGUUUCUAUCAAACCAUUGGAAAAGGUUUUGGAACCAUGUACGGUGCCUUUUCUUUCCCAAUGACUGCGGAGCGCAGUCGGAAUAAGGAACGUAUGGAGGCCAGUCUGACCGGACUUUGUGAGCUGGAGAUCCGCAAGCAGAGGCAGGAGUGCCUGGUCCUCGGUGCUCUGGCCCUGGGGGAGCCCAUGCCCGAAAAUUACACAAGGAACGAGCUAUCGGGUUUCAGCAGUUGGGGGCAAGAGAACUUGACAUUGAGACGUCAUCUGAGUGCGCUCCAGAGCUCCCCCUGGGGGCUGAUGCUGGCACUGGAACAGCAGGUGGGCGAGCUGAGAGUGGACACAGAUGAUGUCACCUAUGAGGGGACCCAAGGGGACAGUCGGCCCAACUCAGGGCUCUAUGAGUUGAGUGAGAGCCAGUCUCCAAAGGGGCAUUCCUGUCGCUCUGACUUCCUAGAGCCCCACCCUGGCUGGGGCUUCAGCAGCACAGAGAGGCCGAAGUCUCUGGGCUAUGCCCUCCAGCUGACAGGUGAGAGUCUGAUGGAGCCAGCCCCUCAUGCUACUGUUCCUCUCUCCUUCGCCGCCCCCUAUCCACACCUUGAGGAAAUCGCUGAGGAGGGUACGGCCGAGGAGCCCUGGCGGUGGGACCUACACUGUGCCCAGGGUUGGGAGGAUGAGGACCAGGCCACCCAGGAGGAUUUCCAGCAGGCCAUGAGGGUUAAAGGCUACAUCCUGGGUCUCAUCCAUCGCUACGCGCUCUCACCCCGGCCAUGCAUGCCUCGUACCAGCCUGGGGCCUGACCCCUCCACCCCCUACUCCUCCAGCAUAAACAGGCAGAGCAGCCUGCGAAGGAAACCUACUCUUCACACCUCCGAGCACUGCAUCUCUGACCCACAGGACCUCUACCCUGACCCUGAGUGCCAGGCCUGGUGGUGUGACUCGCUAGACAGGGAGGAAUGGGGGGGAGAGGCCCCAUCCAUGGAGAAGGACUGUUAUCGGUCUUUACCCUACCCCCACUUUAGACCCCACUUCCUGGCCGGGGGCCAUACACCCUCCCUGGACCCCACUUGUGGAGCUCUGGACCCUUGUAUUAGUAGUGCGUCUGAUUCCCCCAAGCACUACCCUGCGCUGCCCCACUCCCCGGCUUCAUAUAACCACUUGGUCAGUGCCCAGUACAUCCCUGGGCAGGCCUGCCACACCUCUGUACGCUCCCCCUCACACUUUCCUCCAGAACGCUCCCCCUCACACUAUCUUCUAGAGCCCUCCAAGCCCAGCCAAACCUUUGUGUCCCCAGACCAGAGCAGCUCAAAGCCCAGGGCCAUGGAGAAGAAAAGCCAUGAGGAGAGACAGAGCUCCAAGAAGCCUGGCCACAAGACCUGCCGCUCCCAGUCUGAGAACAGUCUGAUGGGGAAGAGGGCUCUCCCUAAACGCAGGUACAGCACAGCCGAGCACCCCCAGCACCAGAGGGGCCAGGUCCCAUAUGCAGGCCCCCAGCAUAAGAACAAUGCUGGGGGACGACGCUGGUGCUCCACCCUGGAGCUCAGCCAGGAGGAAGGGGAGACCCAGGGUGAGCAGGCCCACAGACGCCCACCUCGUAGGGCCCGCCACACUCAGGCCUGCUCUCAUCCCAACCCCAACCACCACUCCCAGGUCCAUGCCCAGCCUUGCCUCUUAGAAUACCCAGAGAGAGCACCUCUGUGUCGGGGAGAGGAGGGCUAUGUGCGGGCCGCCCCUGGGGAGUCAGAGUCCAGCAUGAGUGAGGUGUACUCCCCUGCCUCCAGCUCUCUCUCCAGUGAUUCUGAUGAGGGGGGGCUGGUAUGGCCCCAGCAGCUGCCCCCUCGCCUGGCCCCCUCCGCUUCCUCCUCCCCUAAGGCCUCCCCAGAGGCCUCCUCGCAGCCGAAGGCCUUUGUCAAAAUCAAAGCCUCUCACGCCCUGAAGAAGAAGAUUCUGCGAUUCCGCGCCGGCUCUCUCAAAGUCAUGACUACAGUUUGAGACACAUGUCACUGUUUCUACUGCCCAUAUCUUGCACAGUUUAAUCCUACAUAACCUACAGUUUACACCCUCCGUCUACCUCUGCUGGUUCAUGCAGCACUGUCAUAAAAAAAAAUCUGCUACUUUACCUUUGGGAAAAACUAUGAUGUCUGUAACUGGCCUAAGAUCAGCAUCAUGAUAUCAUCUAGCUAAACCACAUUUCACCAUCAUCAGAAUGUGCAUUAACCAUCAACUUGUCUAAUGAAGUCAUCCUCUGAUGGUUACACUGCCAUGUCACAUAUGGACACCUGAACGUGAACUGCUACCUCUCUUCUCUUAGCUGCACCACCUUGCAGCCUUGACCUGAAGCCAAUGUCUGUAGCACUGGCCAUGUAGGGGGUGACUGCAGUGAGGGGUCAACACAUACACACACACACACACACUUCUGUAAAUACCUACAGUGCCUUGCGAAAGUAUUCGUCCCCCUUGAACUUUGCGACCUUUUGCCACAUUUCAGGCUUUAAACAUAAAGAUAUAAAACUGUAUUUUUUUGUGAAGAAUCAACAACAAGUGGGACACAAUCAUGAAGUGGAACGACAUUUAUUGGAUAUUUCAAACUUUUUUAACAAAUCAAAAACUGAAAAAUUGGGCGUGCAAAAUUAUUCAGCCCCUUUACUUUCAGUGCAGCAAACUCUCUCCAGAAGUUCAGUGAGGAUCUCUGAAUGAUCCAAUGUUGACCUAAAUGACUAAUGAUGAUAAAUACAAUCCACCUGUGUGUAAUCAAGUCUCCGUAUAAAUGCACCUGCACUUUGAUAGUCUCAGAGGUCCGUUAAAAGCGCAAAGGUGAAGAACAAUGAACACACCGGGCAGGUCCGAGAUACUGUUGUGAAGAAGUUUGAAGCCGGAUUUGGAUACAAAAAGAUUUCCCAAGCUUUAAACAUCCCAAGGAGCACUGUGCAAGCGAUAAUAUUGAAAUGGAAGGAGUAUCAGACCACUGCAAAUCUACCAAGACCUGGCCGUCCCUCUAAACUUUCAGCUCAUACAAGGAGAAGACUGAUCAGAGAUGCAGCCAAGAGGCCCAUGAUCACUCUGGAUGAACUGCAGAGAUCUACAGCUGAGGUGGGAGACUCUGUCCAUAGGACAACAAUUAGUCGUAUAUUGCACAAAUCUGGCCUUUAUGGAAGAGUGGCAAGAAGAAAGCCAUUUCUUAAAGAUCCAUAAAAAGUGUUGUUUAAUGUUUACCACAAGCCACCUGGGAGACACACCAAACAUGUGGAAGAAGGUGCUCUGGUCAGAUGAAACCAAAAUUGAACUUUUUGGCAACAAUGAAAAACGUUAUGUUUGGCGUAAAAGUAACACAGCUUAUCACCCUGAACACACCAUCCCCACUGUCAAACAUGGUGGUGGCAGCAUCAUGGUUUGGGCCUGCUUUUCUUCAGCAGGGACAGGGAAGAUGGUUAAAAUUGAUGGGAAGAUGGAUGGAGCCAAAUACAGGACCAUUCUGGAAGAAAACCUGAUGGAGUCUGCAAAAGACCUGAGACUGGGACGGAGAUUUGUCUUCCAACAAGACAAUGAUCCAAAACAUAAAGCAAAAUCUACAAUGGAAUGGUUCAAAAAUAAACAUAUCCAGGUGUUAGAAUGGCCAAGUCAAAGUCCAGACCUGAAUCCAAUCGAGAAUCUGUGGAAAGAACUGAAAACUGCUGUUCACAAAUGCUCUCCAUCCAACCUCGCUGAGCUCGGGCUGUUUUGCAAGGAGGAAUGGGAAAGAAAUUCAGUCUCUCGAUGUGCAAAACUGAUAGAGACAUACCCCAAGCGACUUACAGCUGUAAUCGCAGCAAAAGGUGGCGCUACAAAGUAUUAACUUAAGGGGGCUGAAUAAUUUUGCACGCCCAAUUGUUCCGUUUUUGAUUUGUUAAAAAAGUUUGAAAUAUCCAAUAAAUAUCGUUCCACUUCAUGAUUGUGUCCCACUUGUUGUUGAUUCUUCACAAAAAAAUGCAGUUUUAUAUCUUUGUUUGAAGCCUGAAAUGUGGCAAAAGGUCGCAA